GGGCCAAUUGGAAGAAUAUACGAAGACAAUACUAAAUUUCAUGUUGGAUUUAAUAGGCUAAAAUCACAGAUUCGUGUCGUUUAUAAUUUUAGUUACUAGCCAGGUCCCACCAAAUAAAGGGUUUAAGGAAAAAGCUGGUCUGGCCUGAGGGACAGGCUACCAGGCUAGGAUCCAAAGUUGUGCAUUCAUUUCUCUACCUGCUGUCUUUGUUGAUCACAUUAUAGAAGAGCUACGUAUACGAAGAUGGAUCGCUCGCAACUGUUUGAGUACAAAGGAGUUAUCUUUAACUCUCUGAUGAUAAACAAAGAUUCGCUGGACAUCAUGCCUGAUUAUGUCAUACGUGAAGAUGAUAUCGUCAUUGUGACUUAUCCCAAAUCAGGGACUCACUGGAUCUGGGAAAUCGUCAACAAACUAAUGAAGGCUGCUGGGAAGACAGAUGGUAACACGCAAGACAUACCGUUGUGCAUGGAAUCAACGCUGCCGGGAUUCAGCCAGCCAGGUCACGUGAUCCUGAAGGACCAACCAUCACCAAGGAUCAUCCACACGCAUCUUCAACGGCAUCUGGCCCCAAAAAUGAUCUCCAGUUCAAAGGGAAAGGUUAAAGUCAUAGUCGUGAUGCGGAACCCAAAAGACACAGCACUGUCCCGGUAUCAUUACGUACCCAAGCUUCAAGCAUUGUAUGGCAUACAAGCUGCCAUUUCAUGGGACAAACAUGCACAAGAUUUUCUGGAUGGGAAAGUUGUUUUUGGUGACUUCUAUGACCAUGUCCUCGGUUGGUGGAAGAUGCAGGAAGACCCCCAUUUCCUGUUUCUGAAAUAUGAAGACAUGAGUAAGGACUUGCUCAAAGCCGUCACAAAGACAAAGGAGUUCUUGGGCAUCAGUUUGGAUGACGUCACCACCGCAAGUAUCGCUGAAUCCUGUACCUUCGCCAGUCUGACAACUGCUUGGGCUGAUUCGCAGAACAAGAUACAACGUAUCAUUGGCAGGAAAGGUGUCAUUGGUGACUGGAAGAAUCAGUUUACAGAGUCCCAAAGCAAGGCUUAUGAUGCAAAGUACAGGGAGAGGCUAGAGGGUACCGGUCUCCAGUUUGACUUUGAGUAAACAGCAAUGAAAUCUUUUGCUGUGGAUCUAUUAGGUCUAUACAAUGGCAUAUGUUAGGUGCAUAAAAAUGCUAGUCAUUUUGCUAAAGGCAAAUGUAGCAAAGGAUUUGCCUUUAUCUUUCGGUUGUUGAAACAUAUAAUCUAGGCAUAAUACACCAGCUUCUGGAUCUGUACAGCCGGUAUAACCACCAUUCGGCACAACACUACAGGUUUGCAAGUACGCAGCUUGGCGACAGCUGGUUAUGUUUAAAUACAAAGAGCCCUAAUGUACGCUAAACAAUAACAAGACUCAGAGUUGACCGUCGCAAAUUAAAUGUAAAAGUUCAAAGAAAAACUCCAGAAAAAAAUCAACCAGAGGAUUUGUCAAUUUUGUCCAAAGCUAAUUGAAGAGGACUAUCACUUUUUAUUCGAUGUCCCAAAUAUCCUGAUAUACGUAAUUUACUAUACACAAGCCUAUCAUCUUCUAUACAGUCAUAUAGAGAACAAGUGAGGUAGCAGCCUGACCGCGGGUCGGGUGGGAG